GUAUGGCUUUUUGAGUUUGUUUUUGGGUGGUGAUUUCAAAUACAAGAUGCAUUGGUUACCAGUGUCCGUUUGUUUUAGUUUGUUGCUAUUUUAUUUUGAGCCAGCUUUUAGUGCACGGAGGAAGUGGGACGAAAAGCGAUUUAAUCCAAAAGUGGUUCAAUCCGAUAAGCAAUCUUCGCUCCAAAAAUCUCCUUAUAAGGCUGCUGGCGUUGGGGCCAAAUAUUCACUACAAAAAGCUUAUAAAGUUCCUAGCAUUAAAGCUCAGUCUUCAUUACAGAAAGCUCCUAAGGACGCUGGCAUUGCCGUCAAGUCGUCUUUUGGAUCUGUGUCUGUUAACUGUGGAGAAUCUGAUAUGGUUAUCUCGAUUAAUAGAGACUUUUUUAGUAACGGUCACUUCGUGUCCCAGUCUGACCUCCUUUUGGGUCCUCCACCAGCAAGUAUCUCCUGCACCCCAAUAACAAACAUUUCUAAUCCAUCUGAAUUUAUCCUUGUGGUUGCUCUAGAAGCAUGUGGGAGCAGUGUGAUGAUGACCAAUGAUUCAUUGGUUUAUGCUAACCAGCUUGUGUAUAAUCCUCCUGGUGAUGGGGUCAUCGUGAGAAGUAAUGGUGCAGUAGUUCCUAUCGAAUGUCACUAUAUGAGGCUGCAGAAUGUUAGUAGCAAUGCUAUUAAGCCAACCUGGGUGCCAUUCACAUCCACAGAAUCUGCAACAGAUGUCUUGUCCUUUUCAUUGCAACUAAUGAGUGAUUCCUCUACUAGAAGAACCUCUAAUGUAUACUACCUGAAUGAUCCGGUCCUCAUUGAAGCAUCAGUUUCAACAGAAAACCAGACUCCCUUAAGGUUGUUCAUUGACAGUUGUGUGGCUACACUUUCCAAUGGUACUUCCUCCAAUCCAAGUUAUUCCAUAAUUGAAAAUGAUGGAUGUCUGCUUGAUAGCACCUAUCUUGAUUCCACCUCUGCCUUCAUAACCCCAAGAAGCCAACCAAAUAAGCUACUGUUUUCUUUCCAGGCUUUUAGAUUUUAUGCAAAUCCUCAGAACCUGAUCUACAUUACAUGCCAUCUGAAAGUGACCACUCUGAACCAGACCCCUGACAGCUUGUAUAAGGCCUGUUUCUUUAGCCAGGCCAAUAAUAGCUGGUAUGCUGUAGAGGGAGAUCCUGUCAUCUGUGCUUGUUGUCAGAGUAGUAAUUGUGCAGAAUCUGCCUAUAUAAGGUAUCGCCGGGAUCUCAAGCAACUUGAUAAAACUGAAUUUGAUGUUUCCAUUGGGCCCAUUGCCAUCCAAGAUGUUCCAAGAAAGAGUUUUGUUGGUAUGGGACCCCAACUUUCAACAUCAGAGCUCCAUGAACCAACUGACCAAGGCCUUGCUGCUUCUGGUCUUGCUGUUGGAAUGACUGGGACACUCAUGGUGAUCAUUGCAUGUCUGGUUGCCUUUGCUCGGUUCACAUAUCGCAAGCAUUAAGAUUAAACCUGUUGUGCCUGAAUAUGUUGCAAAUAAAG